CAUGCGGUCCGCCAGCAGCAGCAGAACACACACACAUCGUCGUGCCACAAAUGAGUGGUGAGACUGAGAGUGGCAGUCGUCAGCUGUUGUUGUGGUGAGCCUCGUGUGGCACUCGCCAGCAGCAGUCGUUUAGUGGCACUCUAUUUGGCUCUCCCUCCAGUCCUUCUCCUCUUCCUCCUCCUCCUCCGCCACGGAAAAGAAAAGACCAGAGUCAGCGGGACGACGACGACGACGGCGUUUAAAUAAUGUCCAUGUUGCCUUUCACCCCGCCCGUCGUCAAGAGACUUUUGAGUUUUAAAAAGGGCGAGGGAGAAGACAAAUGGAGUGAGAAGGCGGUGAAGAGCCUGGUGAAGAAGCUCAAGAAAUCGGGUGGUCUGGACGAGCUGGAAACGGCCGUCACCACCGAGGACGCCAACACGCGCUGCAUCACCAUUCCCAGGUCACUGGAUGGCCGGUUGCAGGUCUCCCAUCGCAAGGGAUUGCCGCAUGUUAUUUAUUGCCGAUUGUGGCGUUGGCCCGAACUGCAGAGCCAUCACGAACUUCGAGCUCUUGAUCACUGUCAGUACGCAUUCAAUCUAAAAAAGGAAGACGUCUGUGUGAAUCCUUACCACUACACUAAGAUUGAAGCUCCAACUCUACCUGCUAUUUUAGUCCCUCGUGGAAGUAGCAGCAGUAGCAGCAGCAGCACUGGUGGAGUAGCUGGACCAGGCUCUGAUCCAGGUUCAGCUGAGGACUUGGGAUCUUUGGCAGACCUCACAGCAGACAGCAUAAGUGACUCUACCUCAUUGAGUUCAGUUGCGCCUUCAAUUGAUACCCAGACUUCUUUCCUUCCCACUGAGUCCCCACCCCCUGGCUACAUGAGCGAGGACAACGAUAGUCAUGACCUUCCUGAUAUAACAGAUUAUUCAGGUAUGAUCCCAACAUCUCCCAGUCCCCCAUUGGAUGCCCAGCCAGUUACAUACUGUGAACCAGCCUUCUGGUGUUCAAUCUCAUACUACGAACUUAAUACUCGUGUAGGCGAGACGUUCCAUGCAUCACAGCCUUCUCUGACAGUGGAUGGAUUCACAGACCCUAGCAACAGUGAGCGUUUCUGCUUAGGUCUUCUGUCCAACGUUAAUCGCAACCCUGUUGUAGAACAGACGAGACGUCACAUUGGCAAAGGAGUUAGGUUGUAUUAUAUUGGAGGUGAAGUUUUUGCAGAAUGCCUGUCAGAUUCCUCCAUUUUUGUCCAAAGUCCAAAUUGUAACCAGCGUUACGGUUGGCAUCCGGCAACAGUUGUGAAGAUUCCGCCAGGUUGUAACUUGAAAAUCUUCAAUAAUCAAGAGUUUGCACAUCAGUUGGCACAGAGUGUGAGUCAAGGUUUUGAGGCCGUUUAUCAGUUGACUCGUAUGUGCACCAUACGUAUUUCCUUCGUAAAAGGAUGGGGUGCACAAUACAGACGACAGACUGUUACAUCCACUCCUUGUUGGAUAGAAUUGCAUCUAAACGGUCCUCUCCAGUGGUUAGACCGAGUGUUGACGCAAAUGGGAUCACCUGUCCUCCCAUGCUCUUCUAUGUCUUGAAUUGCUUUCUACAAAAUGAGUCUAGCUUAACCAGAGAUCACAAACUUUUGAUAUUGCUAAUAAGCAUAAAAUUUGUUAUUAGAGGUCUCAGUUAGGCCAUUUUGAGCAAAUUAUUAGGUUAUGUCUAGCAAAGAACACACAUUAUGUGGAAACUAGAGUCAUUUCUUUUGCACUGCAGAGCAUCAUUUUGAAAUGAACUUUGUGUCUCUGAGAAUAUUUUUUUCUAUUUUUCAUGAUUGUCUUUUGUUAGAAAUGUGGGAAAGUUCACUCUACUGAUUUUUUUGCAUCUAGUGGUUGGUACAAUGCAUCACUGUUUAUGUGAUAAUCAGUUGCAUAGCAGUUUUGACAGAAAUAUGUAUAUAUUUAUCACCCUAAUCUAACAUGGUGGAAAUUUUCACUUAUGUGCAAUUUAAUAUUUUAAAAUUUUCUCUGUCAACUCCAGGUAUACAUAACAGUGUGUUACAAAUCUCUAGAUAAGCUUAACUUUUAAAAAGUGAUACAGUUGAGUUAUACUAAACUUUCGGAGUAUUAAAAAAAGGCUCAUAAAAGUAGAGCUAGAUAGAAAAUGCUAUGUGAAAAACCUGUUGAAUGUUUACAGCAUUAACUAUACUAUAUGGGUAGAUUCGAAAAUUUCUAUCACAAAGAUUAUGGUGUUGUCAUCGGGAAAAAGCGAAUUGUUUCUAUGGUAUGAUUCGAGUUAUCCACCUACUGGUUUCCCACCUGAUUAUUCCCUCCCUCAAAUUAUAUUGAAAAUUAUAUAGUUUAUUAUAUUUUCUUAUGGUUAAAUAAAAUUUCGUGUUUAAAUGUAGAAUCACUACACGUUUCUUGAUCAGAUUUACUAAGCUGAAUACGUUACACUAACCUUUUAGUCCCUAUAUCCGUGGAGAAACCAGAUGCAGAGUUAUGGAAGUCAUAACCUACUUUGACCCUGUUUCUUGCUUAUGCUUUUAAGGUAUUCUGCUGUUGCCAAAUUUCACUUUAAUUUUAAUGAUUUCAUCAAACUUAUUUCAGUUGCUAGCUUCAAUUGAAAUUCCUUUUGAACAAUCCUGGUGGAUGAUUGGAACACUACUACAAUAUGAAUAGUAUAUAUAAAAUGCUAUGAGACUCCUAAAUUGACUAAUACAAAUGGUUGAACAUGCCUGAAACUUUCUCUUGUUAUAUAUAACAUUGUAUUCAAGUAGAUGUAGAUUUGUACAAGUACUGUAAUCUAUUAGAUUGGGAAAAUUCAUUGCUAAUAAUUGUACUAUUAUAAAGAUUUAUUGUAAUUCUGUACAAAGAUUCUACCUUGUAAAUUGUGCUGUUAAAAAGUAAUUUUACACCAAACUAUUUUUUGGAGUAGAGAAUUUAAAUAAAUUAUUUUAGCAAAGUAGCCAAUUGGAGUGUACUGACUGUAAUGACGCAGACAGCAUUUACUGUAAAUUAUAGUAUCCAUAUUUAUUCUUUUUACUUUAAAGAAAAUGAAAGUCUAAUUAGUACAUAAUGUGAGAUUAGUUUAAGAUUUCAGUUCAUGAAAACAUUUGAACUCAGUCAUGUUAAAUGUUCCUUCAAACUAUAUGAUAGCUGGUGAGAUAAGUCGCUAAAUAGAGGAAAGCCAUUUUUACUGGGACGCUUGAGGUUAACCUGAUUAACACUCGCAGGACCUGUGCAUCUCCCAUGACUUUUAAUGGUAGAAUCAACUAGUUUCUCUCUCUCUCUCUAAUUUAUUUUGAUGGUGUAUCCCAACCUAUGAGACAACAUAAAAAUGUAUGUCAGUUGUCUAAUGAUAUUGAAACACCGUACUAGAUAAAGACACAUUGGGAGUGAAUAUGCACACUUGAGCAUCACAUUAAUGUGGUUUAAUUUAAUUAAAUAAUUUUCUAAUGUGAGUUAUAUGACAUACAUUGCCUGCUUUUGACAUGGUUAUUACAUUAUUUCUAAAUGUUAUGUCCUUUUCAAAAUAUGUGCUAUCAGUUUGUUUCACACUACAUACUUUGUGUUUAAAAUGUAAUGGUUGUUUAGAAAAAUAAUAUAAACAAAAAAUUAUAUUUCAGAAAAUAAAAUCACUUGCUCUUAUUCUCAAUAAUACUAUAGAACUACUUUUAUCUAUUUGUGGUGGCAUUUACAAGAUACAAUGCAAAAUAUAUUUUGAAAAUAGAUAGUUUAAGGUAGUCUUCAUAUCACGUUGCAAACUGCCUCUGUAUUAUCAUAAAAACCCAAUUCAUUCAAUCAUCUUUCAUAAUAAUCAUGAUCACAACUAUAGCCAAUGUUCUCUUGUGUUACACAAAAUUUUCCUAUUAUGGCUAAUAAAACUCAAAACUGCAAAGUUUAGAUAAUAAUUUGCUGUAGAAAUAAUGUAAAAAAAAAUUCACAAGAGAAUAUAAAACAUGAAUUAUAAAACACCAAAGAUGCCCAUCUUGUCUUGCAAUUAUCACCACAUAUUACUCAAUCUGUCUUUGUUUAUCAUACAUGUUCUUGUAGUCACUAAGGAAAAUCCAUGUCUGCAGGAGUAGCCUCAUAUUCAUCAUCAGUCAUAUGGUCAUUAUUAGAUUAUUAAUUAUCAGUCACAAAAACAGGACUUUCUCAGUCAAUUCUUCAGGUGAAUUUACUUAGUUUCCACAAGUGUGGGAUGCAAUUGUUUAUGAAGUUUUUGGGUCAACCUUCAGUUUAUCGGUUAUUCAAAUUAUUUGUAAUACAGUAAAUCAUGCAUUUCAAAAGUAGUGACAAAAUUGGAAUGUUAAUCAUGGUAGACCCAAAAUCUCUGUAAAUCUGGUUACCCUGUUUUGUUGCCAUAGUCACAAUCAAACAUUAUUUUUACAAUCUACUGUACAACAGGCCUUCAGCCCUAGGUGAUUUUACUUUCCAUGUGUGAAAGACAUGGUUUAUAGUAGAAAACCUGGGAUUAAGGGCAGCAGAUAUGCUCUCUUAUUUUAAUUUUGUACUGUUUAAGUACACACAACCCAUCAAACUAAUAUGACAAUUAUUUGAAAAGUUGUAAAAUUGAACAUAUUGUAAGAUAUGAAGAAAAAAGUAUUAUUUGGCAAUACCAUAAAAAUUUCUUUUAAUACACUAAAUGGAAUA